AUGACCGUGCAAGACCUUCCGACCGUCCGAAUCGUGGAAGUAGGACCCCGAGAUGGGCUACAGAAUAUUCGAGAUUAUAUCCCUACACCAACAAAACUGGAAUUAAUCAGGAGGCUAAAAGAGACAGGUCUGGGUACUAUUGAGUUAACAUCUAUUGUUUCGCCUAGAAUUAUUCCACAGUUGGCGGAUUCUCGGGAGGUGCUCGGAGAUGAGGAGGUUAGGAGGAUGGGUGGGAAGGAUUUGAGGUUUCCUGUUUUGGUGCCAACUGUUCGAGCGUUGGAAAUUGCGGUUCAAUAUGGGGUUAAAGAGAUUGCUGUUUUUAUCAGUGCUACUGAGGGGUUCAGUAAGGCGAAUAUCAACUGCUCUGUUGAGCAGGGCAUAGAGAGGGCGAGGAAUGUUGCGUCUUUGGCAUUAAAAUCAAAUAUUGCUGUUCGAGGUUAUGUCUCAUGCCUCUUCCUCGACCCAUACGACGGACCAACGCAACCAGCGUCCGUGCUCCGCUGCGUGAAAGAACUACUCGAUGCAGGAUGCUAUGAAGUCAGCCUAGGCGACACGCUGGGAGUUGCCUCUCUAUCAAAUGUACGAAGCCUCAUAAGCUUCCUUUUUGAUAAUGACAUUCCCCGCGAGAAACUCGCAGGGCACUUCCACGACAUAUACGGCCAAGCAGCAGCAAACGUGUGGGAAGCAUAUAACUGCGGGCUGCGAGUUUUUGACUCAAGCAUAGCGGGUCUUGGUGGCUGUCCUUUUGCACCUGGAGCUAAAGGAAAUGUAGCCACAGAGGACCUGGUUUAUAUGUUCCACAAUGCGGGUAUCGACACUGGUGUCAAUCUAUCGAAGCUCGUUGAUACUGGAGUUUGGAUAUCCGAACAGCUUACAAAGGCGACUGGCAGUUGUGCUAGAAUUGGCCGGGUCUCUUUCACGGAGUCACAAGACGCCGAGCUUAAGGUGACGGCGUCCAAGGCGAGAAUCAUUGCCCCGAGGGCUCUACACCAUGAAAUCACUCGCCACCAAAGCUCUGGCAUAACCGUAUGCAAAUAUAAAGAGGUCUUCGGUGUUUCGGAGUCGGCCGGUUACCUCCAAUUACCCGCCACCAUCGCCUUGCUGAGUGGCCUAAAGGCUUCGGGCCAGACUGCGGUAUUCUCACCCGGUUCUCCCCUCGAGUCUCACACUUUCUAUUACACCCUCACCCUUCUCACCUUUCGCAUCUAA